AAAUUUGUAAACAAAACCACGAGAUUGGUGCUGGUUUUCACCGGUCGUCGAAAACUUUUCCGAUAUUUCGUGAAAAAUAGACCCAUUUUGUGCGAAAAAUGCUCCAACUAGUUCGUUCCGGCUUCCAUCGAUUACAUAAGAACUCGAGCAUUCGACUGAUUGUCAACAGUGGCUUUUGCUCGGAUUCCGGUCAGAAGGGUGACGAUGGAGACAAAAAGAAACCCCCAAAGCAAGAGGGCCAAUCCCAGAAGCCGGAUGUCAAAUCAAGUGCUGCUCUGAAUCGACUGAACGAGCUACUCUCGAUGAUGACCACCGAAAGCGAAGUGCAGCUGGUCAAAAAAAUUCAACUGGCUAAACCCACCGGACAGAGAAGAGACAAGGGAAAGAAGAAAAAGGAAGAUGAGAAAAAGCAAGAUUCCGAUUCGGAUUCAGAUUCGGACGACGAAAAACCAAAAGAUUUAGUAAAAGCUACACAGAAGGUGGCGCAAUCGCUUGGUGGGGAUGCCAAGAAGACGGAAGCUGAGCUGUUGGCAAAACUGCUGGGAGGAGAUACCAGUGUUGAAGGAGAAUCAUCGGGUGCUAGUCUGAGCGACAUUAUCACGGGGAUGCAAGUGGAUAAGGAAGGAACCAAGAAGGGUAGCAGUGUGCAGUUAACCAGGAGUAAGGUUGUACGGAAGGCCAUCGAGAGGAAAGGAUCUAGAGGAGGACAAGAAUAUUUCGGAAUGUCUCGAGAAAGGAAGCGACCGCUGGAAGCCGUUCAACCGACUGGAGCUAGCGUGAAAUUGUUCGAAGAGGAACCGUUGAACAUUUUCAAGGACCCAGCUGCACUCAUCGAGAGUCCGGAUGUUUUACAAACCUGGAAGAAACUUCAGGACCGUGAGUUGCGGUUAGCUGUAACGCAUCCUCCGGCGAAUUACUUCCAAAAGAUGGCCUUGUGGACGGAGCAGGGAAAACUGUGGAAGUUCCCCAUUGAUAACGAACAAGGCUUGACCGAAGAAGCGAUGGUGUCCUUUACGGAACAUAUUUUCCUCGAGGAUCACCUGGAACCGUGGUGCCCGAAGCGAGGUCCCAUACGACAUUUCAUGGAACUGGUCUGUGUUGGGUUGUCCAAGAAUUACUUUAUCACUGCCCAGGAGAAGAAGGAACACAUCCUCUGGUUCAGGGAUUAUUUCGACCAGAAAAAGGAGCUGCUGAGUCAGGUUAUUGUUCAGCAGCAGGAGACGACUGGCGGAAAGAAGCUUGAAAAGUAGGACAUUAAGAAAUUUAAAAGUAGUUUAAUAAAAUG